AUGAGCAAUUUGUUGCAGCCGAUAGGGGAAGAGUAUCAUUCUCAGCAAAUACGGUAAGAUUCACAACCUAAACCUAAAACAAAAGAGUGGAAGAAGCUACCAUGUCCUCCUGUGAGGCUAUAUUCGCCUAAUUUCCUCAUUCCUUAAUCAGUAAGGCCAUACGAUAUCUAAAAUGAAAAUUCAUUGUCAAAGGAAAAUAAAGGAAUUUUCUCUUUUUCACUCCUAGAAUUAGCAUCACAGCAUGCGUGGUAAUGAUUCCCCUCCUGGGUGUCACAUGGGUAUUCGGUCUCCUUUCGCCUGUACAUAAAGCUUUCGCUCACAUCUUCACCGUACUUAACUCUGCUCAGGUCAGUAUUCGAUUGUAAUACUCAAAAUUAUUCAAUCUCUAUCUUUAUUUUACUUUCUAACCAAGUGGGACACCAUUGCAGUGAUCACAUUUUUUUUUAAAUUUUAAUUUGAAAACAAAAAUGCAGUUAAGUAUGCAAGAGAAGACAGACUUCUUUUUCCAUUGUAAGAUAUGCAAUUUUCUUUCUUUCUUGGAAAUCUUAAUAGGUAUUUGACUGAUUUGUUAGUAUACUAUAAAAAUCAAUGAUCUUGAAAUCAUUUUUAUGCUGCAGGGUUUCCCGAUUUUCGCUCUACACUGCAUGCGAAACAGUCAGGUAAGUAAAACAUUAAACUAAUUAUCAACUCCAUAUCAUCAAGUUUUAUUGUUUCGAUAAAUAUCCGAGUACUAGUGCUAAGAACCAUAUUUCAUGUUCCUUGUCUAUCUGCAGAUCAGAGAGGGGUUCAAAGGAAAGAUGAAUAUCGUUUUUCCAUCUUCUAUAAAGAACAACUCCACAAGUAAGAGCUCACAGGUCAAUCCAAGUGAGGUUGGGGAUGUAUGGGCAGUUGAAAUGCAGUCUUGUGCUGAGUUUGAAUUGAAAUCGCACGUAACUUAAAUAAUUGGAUCCAGCCAACCGGAAAUGACAGUCAAUUACUUAGUACAAUCACUAAUUUAACAGCAAUAAGUAGGCUACGAUCGGUCUGACUUGCGAUCUGCAGCUAAAAAGAGGUCUUUCUUUUUAUUAAUGUUUAAGCACUCAACCAGUUCAGUGUAAUUGUAACCUAUCUUCUUUAUGAUUAUAAGCUUAUUUUCUAAGCGAUCUUAUAUUUGUAGGCAAGAUUCAUCGAAGUAAAUCAAUCCAUAAAUUCAAAUUUCUAAUAGCUCAGUAUCUUGAUGACUUUCCUUCGAAUAAGAUCACAGUCUACUAUAGAUGAGGCGGGAAUUCAUGUCAAGAUAUCACGAAUUGUCUUUCUUUAAGAAGUACUAUAGCACGCACCUUUAAUUGAACGUAUUUAUCUUUUGAUUCUUACGCGCCAACUUUCUGCGCUUACCGCAUGAUUAUUUCAUAUUCGACGUUUCACUUAUUGAGUUUACAAACUUCUCACCAAACGCUGUUAUUACUUUUAGCAAUGAGCUAUAUGGAUAAUAACUUAAAGUAUAAGUUUCUAAAAAUUUAGAGAAUGCCUAGUCAUGCUGAAAUGCAUACCAAGGAACUUUCUGAAGCAUUUUACUAGGUUACUUAGUUAUGAUAUAACACUACCAGUAUGGUUGUGUUGUAAGCGUCCGGAAUUUCCAAGAAUACUUUGUACAUAAGGACUCAGUUGUGCAGCAGUAAUGUUGUUGUCGGGAGUGACUGACUUUUCAGAAGGCUAUACCGAGAGAGAGCUACUGUGAAAAAUUGUUAAUUUUGAGGCACUUUGGAGACAACUGUGAGAUUGUGUCAGUGGUGAGCUAAGAAAUAGUUUGUGGUGGGCUUCAAUCAGUUUAUUUAAGGAUAAUUAUUCUACUUCCUUUUACAGUCGGUCAUUGAUAAAAAUAUUACAAGUUGUUUAAUAAAGUAGUUACGUUUGUUGAUAAAUGAUGCUCUUUCUGUCUGUUAAAUUGUACCGUAACAAGUAAUACUAAUAGUCUUACAAGCUAGCGCUG